AACCGACAGUCGUCCAAGGGCGCCCGUAUCGGAAGCACGUACUGUCUCUUGCAAGCAGUGAUCCGAAGUGCACACUCCGUUGUCACCGCCGUUCAUCCGCCCGCGCCGCCCAUACCAUGACGCUCGCCACCCUCCCCUGGACACGCUUUCUACGCUGCAACGGUACAGAGUCGACCGCCUGAGCCGUUAGCUCGACAUGUUUACAUCGCAACUGUUUACCAACGGUCGUCGCGAGUUCGCCUGAAGAUCGGCAACCAAUUUGAAUCGUGCGAAUGCGUACCGGCUGAAAAGAUUGCGAAACUAUACGAGUGAAGUUUAAAAAUACAUUUUCUUUAGUGAGAAGUGACGUUGAUACGAGAUGUGUGCGUGCAGCAAAUUCUACGAUUUUUGGAAGAACUCUUGCGGGGCAGGGAUGUCUCUGGACGAAGGCAGACAGUCCCAGCGACCGUAUCGAUACGGCAUGGUACUGCUUUGCGCGGGCGCGCUCAUCAACUGGCUGGGCCUGGCGGAGGACUACGCGGAGCCGGUGCGCUACGUCGGCGUCGCGUGUAUCGUCGCCGGCGCCCUGCUCAUAUGCGCCGCCAUGUGCUGCUGGCUGCAAUCGCCCGCACGGCAACCACAUAACGACCGCGCAACGCCUGAUACCCACCAGAUUGACGAUCCCAUCCACGUGAUAUCGAUGCCGGACGAGGAGACAAUGCAGCAGAAGCCGCCAGACUACGAGACUGUGGCGGGUGCGCCGCCCACAUACGACGACGCAAUCAAAUUGAACCCCGCACGACUGCUGCCCGCCACGAGCAGCGCGCGUCUGGAACCUUCCACCGCAGCGGACGUGCCCGUCAUACCAGGGCAGCUGGACGACGUCCCCGCCCCCGUGCACCUCCCCCACAGCCACACACAGACCCAAGUACCCAAAACACCACCGCCUCCGUACAGGCCGACCCACGCCAUCAGAUGAAAGCCAGGCCCGAUGGUGAUCACGUGUGCUAGUACUUUAAAUCGACUGCGUUUCAUGUGAUGAGACAUGUAAAUAAUCAUCGAGCGUUCUCCGGGUCUCGAAUGCGGACAUAUCCAUUGUUGAAAUAUUGCGGUAUUAUUUUUUUUGUACGUCUGGCAUAUCCACACAUGAAACUGUUAUUUUUUUUUAAUUAAUGUAGGCUGUCAAACUUAAGAGCGAUGCGUACUUAUGUGAUAUUAAAAUGUUAUAAUUAGUUACUUAAUAUAAUUUUUACUGUAUAUAUUAAAUAGUUUCUAAUCAAAGCUGAUAGUAAUGAAAAACUUCCAUAUUUCAGUGGAAUAGUGAGGACGAGCAUAUAGGGUUAUAGGUAGAGCAAUAAUUUAUAAAUAUUUACAAAUAAUAAAAAGAAACCAAUAGAAUUGUUUGUUCGGUAUUUUAUUGUAUAUUUAUAAACAUUGUGUAGUAUUGUGCCAUUCAUAGAAAAGCUACGUAAACUAAUGUAAACAUGGCAGCCGCCUAGAGUAUUCAUGUUAAAGCAGUUUUGUUAUUUCUCAUUUAAUUUAUUAAUAUUGUACAAGGCAGAGUUUACCUUUAUGGGCUUGUUACCUUCGUUAUUUUAUCUUCAUUCAAAAAUAGCUUUCUUUAAAAAUCGGUCUUUUAAAUUAUAUAUAUUUGUAUUUUGGCAACACUAGUAUAAAUGACUGAUCUGACGAGUCAAAUCAAGUUAUUAAAAUAUGACUAUAGACAAACAAGGAUAUCUGCCCUGGUUGGGCAUAAAUAAGACUAAAUUAUCACUAGUUCCUUUUUCGUACUACUUUCACGUCAUGUUUUUAAUCCAUUUUUUUGCCCAUUUCGUGUUUACAAAUUUUGUGACUGAACUUACCGCGAAAGCAGCGCCUCACUGUCUCAAAUAUCCUUGUUUGACUUUAAAAUGACAUUUUAUACAUUACACACACUGAUGCACGUACACCUAUACAAUCUAUGUUUGGCUGUAUUUAAUUCACGUUGUAUUUGACUACAUAGAUGUAUUUAGUGUUUAGUGAUACUGACUCGUUUCAAAGUUAUUCUAGUCCUCAACUUAACGACUAAAAUACUUGUCAUUUAGUCACCAACAUGCAUAAUUGUUUGUAAUUUGUACACAUCGUUGUUGCACAACUUGAAUGACGUUUUGUUUAGUACCGUACUUUGAAUAUGAAGAAACCAUAAAAUUAUACGUUGAGGUUAUAUGAAAAGUAUAUAAUCGGUGCUAUUUUUUAUAUAAUCUCAGCAUAAGUUGAUAUUGAAAAUUGUAAUCUGUCAAGUAAAAUAUGAUCCCACAUUAACCUACAAAAUUAAUUAUCAAUUAA